UUAAUGUUAUAAAAUAAUAAUAAUAAUAAUAAAUAAUAAAAUAUCUUUGUUCAGUAAUAAAGGACAAAUAUUUGCUUACGUUUUUGUUUACAAUUACAUAGAUAUAGUUAAUUAACUUAGCAAGUAGAUAUAGCACAGUACAGUUAGCUAACUCCAGUCCCUAAGUCAAUAGAACAAGGUGUACCAUUGGUCAAUUAACUCCACUGUUUAGUAAAGAUUACAAUAAAAUAAUAUAUGAACAACAUUUCAUGAAUAAAGUAAGCUACAUCUGUUCCCCGUACUAGUAUUCAACUGUAUCACGGUGGAAACAGGAUUCGCCAUGCUCUAUUUUCAAUAUGCUAUGUUAAAAUAGACUUCGUAAAAAAGAAUCCACAUUAUGCAGCCUCAGAAGUUGCGGUCUCAUUUAAAAUUGUCAAACGAUCCGAAAUAACAGACAACAAUCCGCCUCGACAUGAAUAAUUAUGAAAGAAUACAUUAGUUCUACCGUGGGGAGAAUAAUAAUGUCAACAAGGUGCAUAAUUACGGUAAGUAAAUACAGCGAGUUUAUUUUUAUAUCGGAGCAGUGCAAUCACAUCAUUAUUAUUUUUUUAUUAAUUUCGAAAUGAAAUAUGAGUUUUCAUCAAAUAUUUCAUAAUUACAAUAACAUUUGUUUUCUUUUGAUGUGUAGAUUAAUAAACGGCUGUUCUAGUUAAAUAUAAUCAGAUGGUUGUUUUUAUUAUUCGGUUAUUAGGUACCUAUUAUAAAUAACCUUCCACUGAGCAUCAUCCCCAGUUUAAGUAUGGGGGCUCAUUGUCUCUCGUGCCAGUCGUGCCAUUUUUUUAGCUUUGGUAUUUAAUUUGUGGCUUAUUUGUUACAGUAGUUUUGAAGUAUUUUCUUCGUUCGUUAUUAUACUUUUACCUCUUGUUUAGUCAGUGGAAUGUUUAGUUUGUUUAUGUUUUUCACUAUUUAUAUUAUGACCAACAAUGGAGCUUAAAGUUCGAGGCCCAUGUGAUGUAGAAUGUUUGUCUAAAUCAAGUAUAAUAUCUCGCUCUUUUCUACGUGCUACGUUAUACAUCUUAGAUGAAAGAUAACAGGUCAAUAUGAACGCCUGCAAUACCCAUACUGCGCCAAUCGAUUUUGGUUUAACGACCCAUUAUAAACUUCUGGUACUUAAUUGAAUUAUAAGUUAACGAUUACUGUAUGUAAAGCCACAGACGGAUUAUUUUCAUUAAUUUCUAAUGAAUUCAAAGUUAAAAGUGAUAAUAAUAAUUAUUUGCAAUAUUAAAAUAACCUCGUCGAAUAUGACCGGCAAUUUAAUCAAUGGAGUGCCUUCCGAAAUUAUAGAUUUUCCACAUUCUGCAUAUUUGGCUAUAGAGUGUACCUCAAGUCGUGGAGAAGGUUACUUUUCGUGUGGCUCCUCCAUAGUUAAUGAAGCUGUUUUGUUGACUGCUGGACAUUGCAUCAUUGGGUGCCAUAAUAAUGUUGACGCAUUUGCUAUAUUCGGACAUGAACAGAGAGAUAAGGGAAUGGUUGCAAACGUAUCUCAUAUCAAACUGCAUGAAGAUCAUUUCGAGGGUUCAUUGUCAAACGAUAUAGCUCUAGUGUUAUUGAAGAAGAAUUUGAAGUUUAGUUGUACAGUUAGAAGAGUGGCGUUAAUGAGGCAUCCACCAAACGUGGAUGAUGCUACUGUCGCUGGUUGGGGGAAAAUAGAUGAAUUGUCAAACGACGUGUCUAACAUCCUGAUGAGCACACAACAGAAAAUUCUGCUCCCGUCGACUUGUCUUUUUACCAUGAACAACCCGGCUGGCACUUUCUGCGCCGAUAGUAAGCCAGGAACGGGUUUUCCUGCAAGAGCUGAUUCGGGCAACGCCAUGGUAAUCAAUGACUUCAUCCAGAUAGGACUUGUCUCCUACAUGGACCCCCAUAUUUCUAAGAGGACCACUGUGUACACCAACAUUAGCUAUUUUUACGGGUGGAUAAAAUAUAACGUUAGAAAAUUAUUUUGUACAGGCAGAAAUAGUAAAUUGCGCGAAAAGAGAAGUAUGGCUAAAGCCGAAAAUUAAAAUAAGUAUGAUAAACCUCAGAGUCAAGUGUCAAUAAGUAGACAUAAAUACUCAACUAAUUAAAUAUGGAAGGUAGAGAUAAGGAUAAAAUGUCUAUCAGAACACCUUAAAUAGGUGGCACCACAAUACAUCGCGAACAAAUUUUUGACUUUGAUAAAAAAAUCCAAUCACUGACAGCGUACUUUACUCCGUCAAUAACGUCUAAGUUCAUAUCAUAUCCUUGUGCUACCCUAGCCCCAUCGGAGAGAUUUGGAACUAUUAUUUACAGCUGCCAGCUGAAAACUUUUGCAGCAGUUGUCCCAUAAGAGAUUGUUCUCCCUACCUCUACCCUCGAUAUCCU